UUUCGCAUCCCAUGGCUUCUAAUCUUCUCUCUCUUCCAUAACAAUCAGCAUUGCUCAUUGUUCCCUUUUUUCCCCCAUUUUUUUGAGAAUUUUCCCCCUUUUUCCCUCUGGAGAUUGGGCAAUGGGAGACCCAUCCAGUAAAAUUUAAACCUUUUCAAGGUUUUGGUACCUGGGUCGGUGGAAAUAUUGAAUUUUUUCGAAGAAGAAAAUGGUGGUGUUGGGUUUUGUUUGAGGAUGAAUUUUGGCUUUGACAUGGAAUGUGAGGCUUUGAAUCUUGGUUCAUUGCCUCCAACCAAUGCCAUUGAAUGCCAAUACCAGCUGCUAUUUGGCAUUCUAUUCCUUCUUCAAUCAAACCUUACCUUUCUCCAUUCCAAUCAGAAGCUGAACCUCGUACUAUAAAAAAUAGAAAUAUAUAAAUUAUAAGAAGAUAUAUAAUAGCAAGGUUAAAAUCCCUUGUGCUGUUUGCUUUGUAGGGUUGCAAUUUAGCAACCAGAAUGAAUUCUGGUUCUGUGUUAGCAUUACCUCCUACUUCAGACAAUGUGUUCAGAACAAGGGAGCCUCCUGAUUUUGAGGAUGAUACUGUGGAGAGAGAUCCCACCGGCCGAUACCUAAGGUACAAUGAAAUUUUGGGCAGGGGUGCCUUCAAGACUGUUUAUAGGGGCUUUGACGAAGUUGAUGGAAUAGAAGUUGCUUGGAACCAAGUUAAGAUUGACGGCCUCUUGCAUUCAGUAGAUGAUCUAUCAAAAUUGUAUUCUGAAGUUAAUCUAUUGAAGUCUUUAAAACAUGAUAAUAUCAUUAAGUUCUAUAAUUCUUGGAUUGAUGAUAAGCAGAAAACUGUUAACAUGAUCACUGAACUCUUCACAUCUGGAAACUUGAGGCAAUAUCGUAAGAAGCAUAAAUAUGUUGAAAUUAAAGCCAUAAAAUGUUGGGCCAGGCAGAUUCUUCAAGGCUUAGUAUAUCUUCACAGUCACAAGCCACCUAUUAUUCAUAGAGACUUGAAAUGCGACAACAUCUUUGUGAAUGGAAACCAAGGAGAAGUUAAAAUAGGAGACCUUGGUUUGGCAAUUGUCAUGCAGCAACCAACUGCCCGAAGUGUUAUUGGUAACGUAUUACUUUCCGAAAAUGUGAUGUUUUUAUUUAAUCAUACUGGUCCUUUAGGUAGUACUAAAAUAUGUUUUUGCCUAUAUUUCUCCAUUCUAAAAGGGACCCCUGAGUUUAUGGCUCCAGAACUAUAUGAAGAGGAAUACAAUGAACUUGUUGACAUCUAUUCUUUUGGGAUGUGCAUAUUGGAGAUGAUUACUCUUGAGUAUCCCUAUAUUGAAUGCAAAAAUCCAGCUCAAAUUUAUAAGAAAGUUACCUCGGGUAUCAAACCCGCUUCCCUUGAUAAGGUGAGUGAUCCCGAAAUUAAAGAGUUUAUUGAGAAAUGUCUGGUUCCAGCAUCCGAGAGAUUGUCUGCAGAGGAGCUUCUUAAAGACCCAUUUCUACAGACACCUAUUCAAACUCCGAGAGCUGUAGACAUGGUCAAACCUGGUUCUCUAUCUAUGGACAUAGAUAAUGACUGCAAACAGCUUUGUGUGAGUAACAGUGCUGAAAGCAACCAAGGAAGUUCACAUUGUCCUGUUUUUGAAGUCCAAAGGACAAAUAAGAACAAUGCAUUUAGGUUAAAAGGGACUAAAAAUGACGAUAACUCAGUAUCUUUGACCUUGCGUAUUGCGGAUACAUCUGGUCGAGUGAGGAAUAUACAUUUUCUCUUUUACCUUGAUACAGAUACUGCAGUCUCUGUGGCCUCAGAGAUGGUUGAACAUUUGGAGUUGGCCGAUCACGAUGUGGCUUUCAUAGCUGAGCUUAUUGAUUACUUGAUAGUGAAACUUCUACCUUGGUGGAAGCCCUCACCUGAUCAUAAAUCAAGUGGAGAAUUUAGUCUUAACGGUGGUGGGUCUACAACGGCAGACAGUGAAACCUUUAUGGCGUGCUCAUGCGGUUCUGUCCUUACUAGUUUUCCCUCUAAAUUAGCUAUUGACCAGCACAACUUCUAUGGGUUUAACACAGCUCCUGGAGAAAGUUUUAUGACUGCUGAGAAGAGUUGUUCUUACAAAAAUGUUGAUAAUGCCUGUUUUGACAGUGUUAGUGAUUAUAAGUCUUCUCCUAGUUUGUUUACCUCUGGGUUUAACACAACCCCUGGAGAAAGUUUUAUGACUGCUGAGAAGAGCUGCUUUUACAAAAAUGCUAAUAAUGCCAGUUUUGACAGUGAUUAUAUGUCUUCUCCUAGUUUGUUUAACUUGGAAGAUCGAUAUUCACAAGAAUCCGGAGCAUCUGAAAUAGUUAUUGAAGAUGCUUCUGUGAAAAAUGACGAGUUUCAUGAUUCCAAUGUUGAUGGAAGUUUUGGAUGCUUAAGUAGGUCUGUCUCAGAACUUGAACUCGGGGAUGCAUAUUUUAAGGAUUGUAUAUUGCAAGCGACAGAUUGUAGUGCCGGGUCAAUUUGUGGAACAUCAUCCGAUGUUGUGAGCAGCCGUUCUUCAGUGUCUUCAAUCGAAAAGGAGAUUGAUCUUGAGCUAAAGUUCCAACUAGAUGCAAUUGAGUUACAGUAUCAGCAUUGGAUGGAAGAACUUAAUAGAAUGAAGUUGGAGGCAUUGGAAGCCACUAGAAGGAGAUGGAUGGCAAAGAAGAAAGAGGCUGUUCAUUGAUUUUGAGCCUAUUGAGUAACAUCUUUUUACCCUUGUCGAAGUUGUUUCAUUGUAAAUUUGAUGAUAUCUAACUGUAAUUUGUAUAUUGGAUGUGGCUCUAUUUUUGUGGAAGCGAGUGAUCUUUCUCUCCC